GGUGCCCGAUUCGUUUAAUAAACCAGUUGAAUAUUUUGUUUUUCCUGUUGUUCUCCGAUAUUUUAUCUGUUCUGCAGCUUUAAAAACAUAUCAUUUGAUGCAUUUAUGCACUAAUGCUGUAAUAUCGCGGCUAAGUAAGUAAGGGUGGAUGGCUUGAGGAGAUGUCCUCGCGCGCAUCAUAAGCUCACUAUGAAGUGUGUGAAAGCGGUCAUCCCGAGUGUGACGACUUCUUAUUCAUCUUCCGUGUAGCUUAAUGAUGGCUGGAAAAAGUGUCCAAAGUGAUAAGGGGAAAUGUGACAUGGAUAGAGCUGAGGAGAAAAGCACCUUGGCUAACGAUGAUUUACCAGGUAAGAAGGUGACUAACACAGCUCCAGGCAGGACCCUGCAGAGACUCAGUCCCAUACCUGAGCUUGAUCCUGGAGAAACCAAAGCAGAUGCAGCCGCUGCUGGAUCCUCUUAUGGCCUUUCCUCUGUGGAUAGGUGUAGCAUUGUCUCCUCUUCCACAAACGCCUUAUCUGACGAUCAGGAUAUUGAAGAUGCCUGUGCAGGGAUCAUCCUCAACUGCCUCUUCUGCCAGUUCUAUGACCUGUGCAUCAUGCUGCCUGACACGUGUAAACGUGCCGCUAAUCAAAUCUGCCCAGCCUGCAGCUAUUUGUUUGCUCCAUUAGAACCAGCCCAAAACAGCGAUUGGAAUUGUCACUGUGAUAUUGACUGUGGCCUAUUUGAUGCCUGCCAAGAAACCAGCGACUGCCUGGAGUUAGCCAUGGAGAUUUCAGAGAUUUGUUACCGUUAGUAUGCUAGCAACAAACGCCAACAAACUGGGCAGUAGGAUUGGAGACUACAGGGCCACUAUGAAGCCAGUGCAGCAUUAAUUGCAGCAUUUUCAAUAUUACUGCCGUAUUGAAACAUUACAUAAGCAUCAACUUUGAAUGGAAUAUGUCUAUGGAGUUGCCUUUAAAUAAUGGUGAGUUUUGGCAUGGCAAACCACACAAGUGUACAAAAAUCUUUAAAAGAAAUCAAAGAAGACUGAGGCGGAUCUGGAUCCUGAAAAAGGUGCGAGACAUGCUGACAUAAGCACUUGUGCAUGCUCAUGGGAGUUGUAUCAAAAACAGUGAAUGUCACAAGAAGGUGUCUUCAUGGUCUUCAUGUUAUCUUUGAGCAUGCAGCCUGAUUGAAUUGGAGUAUUUUAACACAAACAGCAUGAGAUGUUGUUUCUGUAGGACACUUGUCUUUUCUAGAGCCCAUCAACCUUUGUUCUCUGUUUAAGAAGACCACUCACAUCAGUACGCAGUGACAACUUGUGCACUUGUAAUGUAAUGGGAAAGCAGCAGCUACAGAAUGUAUGCAUCUGUGUGUGCUAUUUAUUCAUCCUUCUCUUCUGCUGCUUAAAAAGUUAUUAGCAGUGAGAAAUACUAUGUGGCCAAAAGUAUGUGGACAACUGACUGACAAACACAUAUCGUGCUUAUUGAAUAUUGCUUCUGUAACAUCUGCUAGCCUUCUCACAAGAUUUCUGAAAACAACUAUAGGAGUUUCCUGUUCAGCCUUAAGAGCAUUAGUGAGGUAGUGCUGUUCCAGUUCAUCUUGAAGGUGAUCAUUGAGGUUUGAGGUCAGGACUAGAGUUUUUCUACUUCAGCUUUUGGCAAACCAUGCCUUAAUGGAGCUUGCUUUAUGCACACGGGUAUUGUCAUGCUGGAAUAUUUGGACCUCUUAGUUCUAGUGAAGGGAAAUAUUAAUGCUACAGAAAGACAUUCUAUUGUGAUAAUUCUGUGCUUCCAACUUUGUGGAACCAGUUUAGGGAAGAACCACAUACUGUGAGAUGAUCAGGGGUCCACAUCGUUUUGGCCAUGUGGUGUAUUUGCAUAUAGUGUAUGUACAAGUCAUUUUUGUGUCGUACUAGUAUCAACCUGUUAUUGUGGUAUAUAAUUUUCACAAUCUUUCACCACUCAUCAGGGAACCUUUGGCACUUCUUUGAAACAGCAGGAGGUUCCUAAGGAAUUUCCCAAGCAUGUCAUGAAACUCAUUGAAGUUACAUUGAAGUGAGCAAUUAUGAAGCUCUCCAACUCUUCAGGUACCCCAGGAGUCUUCUUGUACAGCUUGCUCUGAAUGUCACUGUAGAAUUGAAUUAGGGUCAGUAAGUCUAUGUUUACAUACUGAAAUCUGCAUGUAGCAUUAGAGGAUGUAUGGCAUACCGAUGAAUAAAAGACCUCACUGCAGUUUGACUACUCCAGAACUUUAAAAUGGCACUCUAUCAACAUGUCCCUGCAGGAAAAAAUAGAUAACUAACCACAUUUAUUGUUCCCCUGCUGUUCUCCUCAACUGAACCUCUUUUCCAAUGUGUAAAAGCAUUUAUCAAAGAAAAAUGAAUGUUUCUUUUACACAAUCCAGCCUAGUGUGUAAACCAAUGAAAUGGCAUGAAACUGUUUCGAAAUUCCAUUUAAACUCCAAAGAGAAAUAAUAUUUAUCAUAGUUAUUUCAAAUUCUCUCAACUUAAAUUAUUUAGUAUGAAUGCCGCAUAGCCUGAAUGCAUGUUCAACACAACGAGCUUAGACACUUUCAAAAGAGUUCUCAGGUCAUGUCCAAUUUGCCUUUUUUUUUUGCUUUUUGUAAAGUAAUUAUAAAACCCAGCUUAUUAUGGUGCCAUAAAAUAACUUAUUGUGUCCCACUGUGGUUUUUCUACACAAGUCAUGCUUGUGCAAACAGAUGCUUGGUUAAACCAAAAACAUCUGUAUGUCUUAAACUUUUUGGAUCCUUGUCAAAUUUCCUGAUAGCUUUGGGAGUCGCAUGGGCUGUUUAGAUUUUCUAAUGGUUUUGCGUACGGUGUGAAUUUUCCUGUCAUCUGCUCAAAUUUAUUUCAUUAUGUCCAUGUACAGAGCAAUGUGCAAUCUCUAACUGCUUCUCUGGGACUUGUUGUAGUACAUUACAGUUUUAUGAAGAAGAACGAAAUGUAGAAUGAUGUCAUUAUCGUAUAGUAGAAUAAAAAGAAUUAGAUACAGAAUGUUUUGUUUUCGAAUCGACAAGCAGUCUCUAUCCAUCAUGCUGACAUGUUUACAUGUUUCUUUCUUUCAUUUUUUUUUAUUAAACUAUAAUUAGGAUUUUGUUCUCCAGCUCUCCGUUCACCUCAUUAAUGAGAGACAAGACAAGCCUUUCCUCUGAAGUGCACAAUACUAGGUUUUUGUGUGUUAUUUUUCCCCCAAAUCUCACUAUGAGCAGCUCUCCUGUGGGGCAAGACCAAAUGAAAUAUUAACAUUGUCCAUUUAUAGCAUUUUUUAAAGCAUUUAUAUUUCACCAAAGCAAUGUUCUACGUGGAAAUACAGUCCCGAUGCUUCACUGUGUUUUGACAUAAUUUGACCGUGUGGUUCUAAUAAGCUUUUUUUGCGGUCAAUAUGUACUACACUUACACAGUGAUUUUGCCCGAUGCUGUUGUUGCUACUCAUAGUAGCGGCAUAAGUAGUAGUUGAACUGAAGUGCACAAUAGAGUUAUUUGAUGAGAUAAAUGCUAGUUGUUUUAAUGUUCCUUUUAUGAAGGGCUGACAUUUAAACAAAAACAGUCAGUAUUAAUAAAAACACAGUGAUGACACAGAGCUACCAUAUUUA